AUGUCUUCAGACGAAACAAAACCGGAAACAGUCCCCAUCCCUGGUCCGCCCGGGCUGCCCCUGGUGGGCAACGCCUUUGACAUUGACACCGAGUUCCCGCUUGGGUCCAUGAUCAACUUUGCCAAUCAAUAUGGCGAAAUCUUUCGUCUCAACUUUCCCGGCCGCAAUGUAGUCUUUGUGACCUCCCAAGCUCUCAUCCACGAGCUGUGUGACGAAAAGAGGUUCCAAAAGACCGUCAGCUCCGCCCUGCAGGAAGUCCGUCACGGCGUCCACGAUGGUCUCUUCACCGCCCGCAAUGAGGAGCCCAAUUGGGGCAUCGCCCACAGAAUCCUCAUGCCCGCCUUCGGUCCCAUGGCCAUCCAAAACAUGUUCCCUGAGAUGCACGAGAUCGCCAGCCAGCUCGCCCUCAAGUGGGCCCGCCACGGCUCCAGCGAAGCCAUCAAGGUCACCGACGACUUCACCCGCCUGACCCUCGACACCAUCGCCCUGUGCUCCAUGGACUACCGUUUCAACUCGUAUUACCACGACGAGAUGCACCCCUUUGUCGACGCCAUGGGCAACUUCCUUGUCGAGUCCGGCACCCGUUCCAGACGCCCGCCCCUUCCCGGGUUCAUGUACACCAAGGUCGACCGCAAGUUCCACGAGGACAUCAAGGUUCUCCGCGAAACAGCCGAGGGCGUGCUCAAGUCCCGCAAGGAACACCCCUCAGAGCGCAAGGAUUUGUUGACGGCCAUGUUGGACGGCGUCGACCCCAAGACGGGCCAGAAGCUGAGCGACGACAGCAUCAUCGACAACCUCAUCACUUUCCUCAUCGCCGGCCACGAGACCACCUCGGGUCUUCUCAGCUUCGCCUUCUACCAGAUGCUCAAGAACCCCGAGACCUACCGCCGCGCCCAAAAGGAAGUCGACGACGUGUGCGGCAAGGGCCCAUCAAGCUCGAGCACAUGA